AUGAGUAACCUUACCACCAGACCCACGAGGUCGAGAGUGUCGAGUCCUUUUGUUAGUUCAACCAAAAUAUUAAAAGCCGAUAAUAUAAAGACCAAAAUGAGUGGCGUAUCCAGCAGUGGCCAAUCCAUUCUCGACGGAUGGGUAGAGCCUGUCGUACCUCCUCAGCGCCCUAGCUAUGCGGAUGCAGGAAUUGAGCGUCACGGAGUCGUUCAGAAUAUGGCACCUCUUGGAUCGCGACCAAGCCUAAAGAUCCUCAAGGCUACUGCAUUACUUGAAGGAGCGGAGGGAACAGUUAGACCGUUAAGUAUGAAAAAAACGAUAGCUUCCAACAGAAAUACACCUAUGAGCUCCGCGUCAGCACCAGAUCCAACAAUCUCUUUUGCAUUGCAGCCAGAAUCAGCUUCCGGUAAAUCAGGGUCGCAAAUGGAACAAAAUCCUCCGCUUAAAUCUCCAGAGGAUGACUCUUUCUCGCUCGAUGUUCAUGACCAAACGGACUUAAGUAAGCAAAAAGUAGCUACAGCUUCUAGUCCACUCGUUGUUGAUCAAAUGGUACUCUCACUACAACAAUCAUCUGCAUUAAUGGAUACUAGGAACCUGGAACAGGACAUUUCACAGAGAGAAUUUUCGCAUUCUCCCAUCGUACCUCCAGCUACCGGUCUAGACGGUCUUCCCCUUAUAAACCUUGCACAGACCGAUCGCGUGGUAGAGCUUGCAGUCCAGGAUGCCGUUGAAAAAAAAAGGUGGCCUACUGCGUAUGCACUUCGAACCUUAUACGAUGAUAAUAGAGGUGAUAUUUCAUUCAUUAGACUACUCGAGGCUGUUUACUACAGGUACGCUACUGAGAAGGACCUCGACGAAUUUGAGCGAUUAUUGAAACCCAAAAAGAACGAAGGAAAAAAAGAUCGGACUGGCGAAUUGUACUUCUGUGGUGAUGGGAACCAUGCAGCAGCCCGCUCUCCUAUAUAUUCAGCAAUUAAGGCUCUUAAUCCUCCAGCACCAGCUUAUGUGACUCCUUACAAUUCUCUUCCUGCGCUUCAGCCAACGCUAAAUUCCACUGAACGCUCUAAAUCAGGAAGUAGGAGCUCUUCUGUCAAGAUAUUGUCAAGAGCUCCGUCUCCGUCCUUAGAAUCUGGACAUGUUCACAAGAAGCCAAGAAGAAAUGGCGAUUAUACUGGUCAUAGUGAUGAUCUGGGUAGCAAUCGAAGUCUAAAUAUUGUUGGACUUAACGCGUUAGCACAAAAAGUUGUUGAAGAGCCUAAACUAAAGAGUAGAUCAAUGUCAACUUCGAGCUCUUCAUCACUGUCAUCUGUAGACGUUAACCUAAUCGAAGAGGUUUCUAUAUCACCAGUGCGCUCGGCAUCAAACCAUGGACUAGCUAGACUAGGUCUAUUUGGUGAGCAACCUAUAUUUAUUUCACCGUACGCGAAUGCCAAUAACUUCAAAGAAGCUGCUUCAUGUGCCGACACCGAGGCACGUAGCAAAGUUAAUCCAUCCGCAGUAUCAUCAAAGUCUGGCCCCAAAAUUUACACUUUCUCUGUCAAUCCACCCAACAACAAUGCUGAAGUACAGACAAGAUCGUCAUCUUUGUCUUCGAAAAAUUCAUCAACAAUGCCGCUAUCGAUAGCCAAUUCCUCUCGGAAUGAUUCCAUGGCUCCUACAGAAAAACUACACGCUCCUCAAAACAUCGGAAAAAAGGUAGAAGUAUCUAUUCCGUAUGAAAUAAACGAUGAGAAUAGUGCCAAACGACGUCAGGCCAAAAAUUUUACCAACUGUAACACUAAUGCCAAAGUUACUGAAAGCUUUGAGCGUAGCAGUGUAAAAUCAGUAGAAAUCAUUGAUGGAGAACUCAGUGCAAAGGAACCAGCUACUGUUGCCCCUCUUAUAAAGAAACCACAAAAAGUUAAGCUCAACCAUAACACUCGCCAAAAAACAAUAAUAGCUCCCCAGGCAAGUAUCUCCCUUGAACCAGGAUUUCGAAUAGAUAUUAUACCUGGAAGCCCGAAUAAUGCUCAUCGCUCUCUCCACAACAAGGAAAAGUCAUACACUGGCUUACGCGUUAAAACAUCGCCAAUCAAGAAAAAAGCUGGAACAAACGCUGGCAUUCCUCGAGGUAUAUGCGAUCGCAAUAGUCCAAUUGGUAACAAUGCACUCAUAAAUAAUUUCCAGAAGGCUUCUAAUUGCUCAUUUUCACAGGAUGAUAAUGAUGAUUUUUGCGCAUCUUGCGGAGGCAAUGGCGAAGUAGUCUGCUGUGAUGGCGAUACUUGUAAACGAUCGUUUCAUUUCAAGUGUGUCGAUCCUCCAAUAAUGCCGAAUGCACUUCCAGAAACAUGGUUCUGCAAUGAAUGUCAAGUAAAACGAUCAGGUCAUCGGGAGGAAAAAUCUGGCUUAUUUCGUCUACUCCUCCGUCAUCUCGAAGAGAAAAACCCUGGAGCUUUCAGUCUUCCUCUGGAAUUACGGGGGUAUUUUGAAUCUGUCAAAACAGGGCCUGAUGGGGAGUAUGAAGAAAUAGCGGUUUCAAAGACUAGAACUACGAAUCGUGCCGGAUGGGAAGAAGCUCCAGAUUAUUUCAAGAAAAGAGAUAAUAAGGGAAAGCCUAUUCUUUGUCACGCUUGUGGUCUGCAAGCAGAAACUCCUAAUCGUGUCAUUAUUCCAUGUUCUUUUUGUAACCUAUACUGGCAUUUGGACUGCGUUGAAUUGCCGUUGGCCAAAGAACCAGCACCGGGAAGACUUUGGAAAUGCCAAGCCCAUAUCGAUGACCUUCUUCGAUUAAUCCCAGACGCUCUAGCGCCAGCUCAUCGUUUCCGUAAAAUCAAGGGCUUACCAGCUAUUCAAUCUGGAAUUCCUCGAGGACUUAAAAAUCACGGUCACAUUGAAGUUGAAAAUGAAACUACGGACUCUGAAACUAUCUCCCAACCGGCCUUUUAUGAAGAACGUCCAUUCGGGCGUACUCACAAGGUUACAGAGGAAAGUAUUAAGCUUGAGUUCUUGACUAAGGUCAAGAAAGAAGGCGGUGGCUAUACACGAGCGCGAUUUGGCGAGCAAAACGCUAAAAGGCGAAAAGUAUGGUCUGAAGCCAAUUUUAGUGAUCAACAGGCAGCACUUAAUCUAUCAGUGUUAGCUAAUUCAUGCCCUGAUAUAGAGGGCUUCGAUAGUUUGAUAAAUACUCUUCUGGCCGAAGCUCCUCUAAAUGUCAUAAACAUGAUAGCAUUGGGUGAUGCAGAUAACUAUACAGCGGAACGCACCCAAUUAAAAUUGGGGGAUAAAGCAUCGCUGAUUGCUCUAAAAGAAUACAUCAAUAUUAAGCUCAAUUGUCUUGAUGAGCUAGGGCCAGAAGAGCCUGUUCGUAAAAAACCCCGCAAUUCAAAAGACUGUACCACAAAAACUCUUCAGUAA